CUUCCGCCACGCUCGGAAGCUUAGUUCUCCUUGGUUUAAUUUCCCCUUUUUUUCUCAGACACUUCCGGGUCCUGCGUCGCUCCGGAAGCCCGCGAGUUCCGGAAGCCUGGGUAAUCCAGGUUUUGCUGGGAGAAACCAAGCUUCCCAGAGAAUGUCUCAGAGAAAGUUACGUGGAACGGGGGCGUUUCGCACACUCCUAAGGCCUCUCCCUCCUUAACUGCCUGUCAAUAAGAGACCUUCAAAGAAGACAUGGCUUCCAGAGAAGAGAACACGAAAAGGACAAACAGAGUGCUAAGAAUAAGUCAGUUGGAUGCACUUGAACUGAACAAGGCCCUGGAGCAGCUGGUUUGGUCCCAGUUUUCUCAGUGCUUUCAUGGAUUUAAGCCAGGGCUAUUAGCCCACUUUGAACCAGAGGUGAAAGCGUUCUUGUGGCUUUUCUUGUGGCGAUUCACCGUCUACUCUAAAAAUGCCACCGUGGGACAAUCCGUUUUGAAUAUUCAGUACAAAAAUGAUUUUUCCCCAAAGCUGAGGUACCAGCCACCGAGUAAGAAUCAGAAGCUGUGGUAUGCUGUGUGUACGAUUGGCGGCACGUGGCUGGAAGAGCGCUGCUAUGACCUGUUUCGAAACCGUCAUUUGGCAUCAUUUGGGAAAGCCAGGCAGUGUGUGAAUGUCAUAGUUGGACUUUUGAAAUUAGGUGGGCUGAUUAAUUUCCUGAUUUUCCUUCAGAGGGGCAAGUUUGCAACUUUGACAGAACGUCUCCUGGGCAUUCGUUCUGUGUUUUGCAAGCCCCAAAACAUACGUGAAGUUGGCUUUGAGUAUAUGAAUAGGGAACUUCUCUGGCAUGGUUUUGCUGAGUUCCUGAUUUUUCUCUUACCACUUAUUGAUAUCCAGAAGUUGAAAGCUAAGUUGUCUUCAUGGUGUAUUCCUCUUACUGGUGCUCCUAAUAGUGACAGUACAUUAGCCACCAGCGGCAAACAGUGUUCUCUGUGUGGAGAGUGGCCCACCAUGCCUCACACCAUAGGAUGUGAGCAUAUCUUCUGUUACUACUGUGUGAAGAGUAGUUUCUUAUUUGACACGUACUUUACCUGUCCUAAGUGUGGCGCAGAGGUACACGGUGUGCAGCCACUGAAAUCAGGAAUCGAGGUGUCAGAAGUCAGUGCUCUUUAAAAACUAAGAUUGUUUCCUUUGAGGAAGACUGUUACUUGUUCAAAUCCUUAGUAUUAGUCAUCCUGAGCAUAGUGUUUAGGUGUCUUUUAUGAGGGGAUGUGCUUCUCCAGCCACUGUCUUCUGUUCCUUUCCAAGCAUGAUGAAAUUCUAAUCACUAGAAACCACAUGAUUCUGAACAUAUUAGGUAAACAAUAAUGUGUUACUUUAAAUCAUUGCAUUCAAUUUUUAAUGUUGAGAAUAAUGGACAGUUUUUGUCAGACUACUAAAAAUGCUCUUUCGUUUUGCUACUUCCUAAAAAGAGGUUACAUUCUAAAAUGAUUUCAGAGACUCUGGGAUAAGUGUGUAUUUAUUUUCAGAGAUGGCGUUAUAACAUCAUAAUCUGACAAUGAUAAGACCCUAUUGUUUUGAGCCUUAAGAUCUAGUGCCCCAGGGGCGCCUGGGUGGCUCAGAUGGUUAAGCGUCUGCCUUCGGCUCAGGUCAUGAUCCCAGGGUCCUGGGA